AUGGGGACAGCAAGACGUUGGUACUCCACCGCGCACGACGACAACACGUCGCCAAGGGCAGUAACGCCUCUGCGCCUUUCCAAGCAGACACAAACGCCUUUGAACUCGCUGAAAGGGCAGCCAAGCUGCGCACGGGGCCCCGAGGCGGACGCUCCCGCGUCGGAGAAUGAUAGCACUGGGAUGACCUCGCGCAGGGUCGACGGUGCUUGCGAACGAGUCGCAGCUGGCAGCGGCUGGAUUCAGCGGAUGCCCCGAGACCAGCCGGGAGUGAGAGAAAGGGGUACAACCGAACGGCCGAUCAAUUUCAGUCGCCACUACCGGCGGUCGGCUACAGCCGAUGGAUAUCCCGCCCGUUGGCGACCAGCCCUCGUUUUGCCACCGUCCCAGCGCCACGAAGGCCUCUGCUUCGGCCGGGCGCUCGGCUCGCCGUCCUCUCCCAUCGCUUGUCGCCAGCACCAACGCCUUCAACGUCCCGGCUGCAGAGCGCGUUUGCCUUUGCGCUCCUCGGCGGGCUCAUCCCACACCCUGCUCGAGCAUACGUGGACUCCCAAAGAAGUCCCCCGAGUCACGCGGACGGUGGAUGACGUCCUAACGGUGGAGUCGCUCGAAGAACCCGCCCGCUGCUCUCCUCGGUCUCGGCCGCUCGCUGUCACCAUGCCCAUCAUCGAGAUCGCUGGGAUUCUCGACGGACUGGGGAUGGAUGCCCAUCACGCCCCGCACUUACACACUGCCACGUCGUCGACGGCCAUCGUUGACGUGAUCUCGCCCCAGGCGGGGCAGCGCACACCGGGGCGCCAGCGGCCGUCCGCUCGACGUUUCGCAACAGCGGGUCCGAGUCGGCUGAUGGCGGGCGCGCUCGAUGCUGAACAUCAAAAAUAUCCUGAAACGCAUCGCCGGAAGUGCCCCAGCGCGGAAAGAGCCCCGGCGCACGCGGCCACGCGUUCGUCCGUCCCGAGCGCAUGCCAUCCGCGUUCGCUGCUUUGCUCGAUUUUUCGCCCCCCCGGGGCUGUUCCGCUGCCCCGCAUGGAAGGUCCCGGCCUGUCGCCGAGUGACACCGGGCUCGGCGCCAACACCGUCUCAUCAGCCCGCGGUGCUCACACAAGGCGAGCUGUCGGUCUAUCUUUCUGCGAGAACGUUCGUCGGGCCCCGCCCGCCCACCUGCCAAUAAAACACACCGUCGCCUUCUCCCGUCUGCCCGCCGCCGCACCACCCGACCCACCACCCGAGGCGUCUCCGCCACUUGCAAAAAGUGGCCAAAAAAGGCCCAAAUGGAAGAUCAGAAAGGAUCAGAUCAGAAAGGGAAAGAAACGAGACGAAAAGACCGACGACGACCCGCGCCCUCUUCGUCGUCGGGAAAAUGGCUCGGGGUUCCACAGCGAGAAGCCUCUCGGUCGCUCGCCGUCACCGUCAUCGUCCCGCCGCGCAGUGCUCAGUGCUCAGCGCCUCGAGAACCGCCUUCCCCGCGCGCGAACCCCCAGGGACUUGCCGACACGAACUAAUUCUCGCUGGGCCACAGCUGAGCCGGACUCGGCAUUUUUGCUUCCCAUUUUUUGCCUCUCAUUUUUUGUGCCUCCGCCUACUCUCCGCCCCCGCUUCUGCUUUUCUCGGCGCCGGCGUGGAAGCGCGCGCAGGCUCGCCGCGUCGAGGUGCAAUCAACGCAACAACGGUACUCUCGACGCGAAGACCUGCGAGGACGCGCAGAAGAAGCGGGACCCGAGUGGUAUAUUAGUGGUCGUGGCGAGACCCCCAGCCGGGCCUCUCGAUUUUCAGAUCCGACUCGGUCCGCGCGGUCCCACUGCCACCGUCAUCGUCGUUCCAUAA